UUUAUAUUCCAUUAUCGUAUACGUCUGUUUCCGGUAGUCUACGGCGUAUUAUUUCUUUCCGUCGAUCGUUCCCCAGACUUUAUUCUCCUUUAUAUAAAUAGGGCUUCAAUUAUCCAAACUUGUAAUAUAUUUCAGAUCAUUUGUCUCCUUUUGCCAUUAUUUAUGGACAAUGGUUUUUUGCAGUGAACCUGGUUCCUAUGGAGUUGUUGAAUCGAAUGGUGGUAGAGGAAUAUUCUUUGAAUUAAAUAAAAACUGUAAGAUAAAUAUAAAAUUUUCCGCUAGUGACAACACUAUUAGUUUACCAUUGCAAUAUUCUUGCAACAAUUAUAACUUUGAAAGAUUUUAAUCGGAGCUGGAGCUAAUAAUGGAUUAUGUUAGUAAAAAUAAAAACAAAGCCUAAUUGAUUUGUAUGUGUUGAUGAAUGUAGAAAUUUAAAUCAAAAUCAAAAAAACUGAAGCAAAAUCAUUGUCUCUAAACAAUAACAAAAAAGAAAA